AUGGAGGAUCUCCUGCUGCAGAUCAUCAGGGAGUCGAACAAUGCGAGAUUACAGAAUUUGCGAAAAUCGGCGCAGGAAGCGCACGAUUUUCUGGAGAAGCAGCAGGGCUUAUUACGAGAUCCGCCGCACGAAUUGCGCGCAAAAUGCUUACAUACGUUUCAGCUAGCACUGGAAAGCAACAGAAGCAAGUUUGUUGCCUUUGGACUUGCGGGACUGCACAAGAUGUUAAGAGACGACAGAUUUCAAUCGCCGUACGAGCCAGAAGAUGACUCUUUAUGGUUGCCUGCGCAAAUGUUGCAUGCCAUGAGUUCCAUCGUUUCACAAUCUGAUGACACCCAAACAGAUAUGCUUAAAGUCUUACUCCAAGUUGCUUGCUCCCCUUAUUGGACUAUGAAUGGCCGUUUAAUCAUUGCGAUAUUGACUACUUGUUGCGAGGCAUUUGAGAAUGGCAAUCAAGCUGUGCGUACAGCUGCACAGGCUGCAACUAGUCAAACAUUGCGAUCAUUUUGUCUUUUUUUAGACGAGGAGUGUCAAGAGAUGGAUGAAAAUGCUAAGCGAAAUAAAAAUGUGCGUGAACGGGGUGUUUCAUGUUUCAACGAGGCUUUGCCGAUUCUGCAAUACAUCUGCAGCAAGUUGGACGAGGCUCAAAAGAAAUCCUGUUCCAGCAACGGCAGAAACGGCAGCACCGUGGUCUUCCUACUGGAAUGCUUACACACGCUUAUAUCGUCGCUACCGCAAAAGAUUCAUACUAACGCACACUUUACGACUUUUCUAUGGCAAAAGUUUUGUCCAGCCUUGAUAGCCUUUCUGGGCACUCCUCGAGUAGAUAAGACCUUUACUUCCCGGGAAGGAAAAGAGAACGAGAUUGGCAGAGGUUCCGGAUACUUGGCCACAUCAUUGAGUUUUGAUAGUCAUCAAGCUAAAACUGUUUAUAGCAUUGGUACGGAAUUAGUCAGAUUGGUAGGAUGUGUUGGUCCAUUGCGACCAGUUUUGGAAUCAGUGUUCCAUAGAAUGCUAUUGUAUCCACCGCCGCAGCAGCGUUUAGAACCCUUAAAAGCGUUGAAGGAAUUACUGCGCAGUCCUAGUCGCAUGGUUGAUUUUGCUGGACCAUUGCUGGUGGAAGAAGAUCGAUCGAGCCAUAUACAAAGUGAUAUGGCACUGAUGAGACUGGCCAUGGACUCGAUCGAGGAAUCAACAACGGGUGGAUUGACUAUAUUGCACGCAAGCGUUUCUUGCGUUGUCGCUAUGCUGUCGGCGCUUCAAGAACUUUGCGAAGGCAAGGCUAUUAAUCAUAAUUAUACGUGCACAAUUAAUAGUUUAUAUGAAGAUUUGGAAUCCUGUGAUUAUCGUGGACCUCUGACUUAUCAAAGCAUGGCACGAUUGCCAAAAACAUACAGAGAACAAUUGGAAUUAAUGAAAAAAGGUAUAAGCUCGGAUUCAGACUCAUCCGGGCAUGGACCAUCAGAAGACGGUGAUUCGACGGAUACUGAAGGUCCGCAAAAUGAAUCGGACGAAGUUCAGGAAGAAAAUAGUCUCGAGGACAACGAUUGUACCGCGGAGAACGAAAAUGAAAGACUAAGAUUGAAAAAAUUACCCAAAUGUCUUCAUGUGGGUCGACAAGUAGCCGACGAAUGCAACGUGGAUGUGGAAAGACACAAUGCCAGACGAUUUGUAAGAACACUUAGAUCCGAUCUUGUACCGAUGGUGCUCGCUUUGCGAAGUAACAUAGAGGUGGAUGAGGCAUUGCAAAACUUUGCUUCUGAAUACUGUCAAGAGGUAUUUGUAGCUCAACAGAAGAUACAGGAACAAACUGACACUAGCACGGAUUCAUGUGCAUUAAUCACAAUCAUGAAUGCUGAUGGGAUUUAUUUGGCUACAUACGCAGCAUUGCUUCUCAAUCUGAAAUUAAUCCAAAUAAAUUAUUAUCACGAGGAAGGUCGUCAAAUACCAAUCAGCGAGGAACGAUUUGUGGAAGAGGUACAUGGAUCGGGUGUGCUGGUUUAUCUGUCAGCUACAUGGCUUUCUGAAUUAUAUCAACAAGUACUCGCGUGCAACUUACUUGAGAAAUGUGGUUACAAUCCUAGCUCUACAGAAAAUAAUGCAUUAGUUAAUGUUCUCACAGACGUGGAUGGUAUACCCGGCAGUCAUAGAGGCGGGCAAUUGCUUUCUGAUUACAUAAGAUUGGAACGAGCCCAACUUUCUCGAAGUGAACCAACUCCGGAAGCGGAGGCUGGUGCGAAACUCUCUCGAAGAGUGUUAACUUGUUGUUGGGGCAGCAUGAUGACCGUUCUCACAACGGGGCUGAAUCCUCCUAAAGAGGAAACCAAUAAAGGUAUCUUGAACAGAGACGGUGGUAGGAGAGGAGUCAGAGACACGGUUGUCUUAGCGCUCGAAGGUCUUCACAAGGCUGCCACAUUGAGCAACGUACUUGGUUUACAGAAUCGUUGUGGCUCCAUUUUUGCUCUUCUCGCAAAAGCUGCUUGUACAGAACAAUCCAUUUCGAAGAUUACUCGUAAAAAGGAUGUUCUUCGACUUAAAUUGCAAAAUAAAGCGACGAAUCUUCAUACGUCUCAUGCACUCAGUAUGGAUGUGCUUCUAGGUAGAGGUCUUGAACUUGGUAGUCAUGGUAGUGAUUGCUGGCCACAUGUUUUUACGUGUUGUCUGUAUGUGAGUAAAUUGGAACAUGACUUCUUUGGAAGAAACCAAAAUCCGUCGUUACCCAAGGCCUCUCAGAAAAAAGAGAAGAAAGACGUUGCGAAUAGUGAUGCUAAGAAUGGUCAAGACAGACUUCGAUUAAAUUUCAACAUUGUUGAUGAUGAGGAAUCUUGCGUGGACGUUUAUAGUUUUCUUUCAAGUCCUUAUACGCAAAAUCCCAGCUCAGACACGAUUCCGGAAAUUAUUCAAGAAUCGAAUGCCGAUAGCCAAUUUAAUGGCAUUCUACCAGCGGACUAUGCUGCAAAGAUUAUUUGCGUGUUGUCGCAACAGGUCGAUAGACUUUUCGAGGACGCAGCGCUUAAACUAAAUCUCAGAGCGCUUUGCUCGUUUCUCAUGGCUCUUUGUAAAGCCAGCAAAGCGCAAUUAUUCAAGACCCCUGACGGCUGCAAAGACAAUAAAAGAUUUUGGUGGAGACGAAGUAAGCCGAGAGAGAACGAGAUGAAUGUAUUGCUGCUGGCUCGAUUAGGCGAAGUUAUGCUGAAAUGUGUGAAAAGUGGCAGGCCUUUGAUUCAUAUAAUGGGGGUAUGGACUAUUUUGGGACCACAUUUCAUGGAGGCAGCUUGUCACGAAGAUCGCAGUAUUUCGAAGAAAGCCGUUCAAUGCAUUCAUGACUCCAUGGCGGCCUUGUUGAACGAACAAGUAGAGCUUCCGCACUUUCAUUUCAACGAGGCGCUCUUCAAACCUUUUGAAAACCUUUUAUGUCUAGAGCUCUGCGAUAGCGACGUGCAGGAUCAAAUUGUUAGCUGCAUCUGCGAGUUUGUCGAAACAAAUCGUACCGAAAUACGUUCGGGUUGGCGUCCGCUUUUCGGCGCUCUCCGCGUGGCAUCGGUGAACAAUUCAGAUUCUGUGGAAUCAGCGCCUUUGUUAGAAGUUUUUAGAGUCUUCCUUUCAACAGACAACACGUUAGUCUUCGCUAAUGCCGCUCUGGAUUGUAUCCUGUGUCUGCUAAAACACGUGAGAGGUAUCGGCGACAACGAAGCUCAAUCUGAAGAGACUGAAAGUAUUGAUAGCGCAGAAUUGCGAAGAAUGAGGCUCUGCGUUGAAAGUUUGAAGUAUCUGUUAAGUUGCAGCGAUAUUCUAUCGUCGAUGUACCGAAUGCCGGCCUGCCCGAUCUUCCAUUCCGCUCAAAGGAUUCAAGUCUCUACGAUCCCACAAUACGUGGAUCCGAUCAUUCCAAAUCUCGAACUGACCAGAUUCGAUAAGCAUAUCGAGUCGAUGCAGGAAGUCAUGCCAGAAAAAUCAUACGACGCUCUGACGCCGUUGAUCGAUAAGGACGCCCAUCCUAUCGCUACAUUGCAGAGCAUGGACAAACCUAGUGGUAUUCUUAGAGUCUGGUACAUUCUUAUCGAAGGUCUGGCGAGUGCAACAAUGAUAUGUCCGAAGCGUUAUCAACCGCACACUCUGGAGACCUUGUUUCACCUUUUGCGCGAUAUCCUGAAUGUACCUGGAUCGGCCUUUGGACUCUACUGCGUUAAUCAUUUGCUGUUGCCUAUGGUACAAAAUUGGCUGAGGAAAACAUCCAAGAUCUUCCGCGGAUGGGACAAUUUUGCGCCCAAUUUUAAACAAUGUUGUGGUCUCACGACGGAUCUCGUGGUUGACUAUUUGACACAUUUACAAGGUCCAGACGUCGUCAGAAACGAUGCCUAUUUAUCAGCCACGACGCUGAUGUUGAAACAGCUUUUGCUAGUAAUGGCGGAAUGCGUGGUACAGCCUACGGAGAGUAUAGCUCGUCUCGGUUGCGCUUGCAUUAGGCACGUUCUGGUGAGCAGCGGGCCACUCCUUACUCCAGAACAAUGGGAGGUCUGCGGUGUCGCGUGCUACUGUGCCUGUUCAAAUUCGUUGCAGGAGUUGCACCAGCUGACCAUGGCUUUCUCACCCAGAUCGGAAUCUUUUUACGGGGAUGUCGCCCAAGUGAAGGUCGCGGCGCGCCGAGACGCGACACCGGAAGAAACGGAACGGCUGCGACAGCUCGCCUCUCAGGUGUUCCUCCUGGAGGAACAGACACGGAUGGAGGACGCCUCGCGAUCACCCGAUGAAAGAUCGUACGUGUUCCUUUUGUACCCUCCUGCCGUAGGCGCUACUCUCAAUCCCGAUCUCUACAUCGUUAGAGUCCAGUUGCGUGCGUUGGUAGUCGGGCUUUUGGUACACCAGAUGCUGCUUCAUUGUAUCGCGAGUGUUCUUCUUCACGGUACCGACCCUUCAAUUUCGAGUUUGUCUCAUGUGAUUCCACAUUCGACGCCAUGCAGUUCACCUAAUCCUAACGUCAAACGAAGUUACUUGUCUUACUUGAAUCCGCAUCACGUGGAGAUUUUCCUGUCUGCCCUGGACUUCUCGUAUGUUGCUGCGUUAAAAUUCGAUUGUCGACCCGGUCUGAAAUUUUUGGUACAAAAGGUGGCAAAUCUCGAGCAACCGGCUAAUCUGUAUCGUCAGGCAGCCGCUGCCUGGACCAUUAAAAUCAUCACGUUGUUUGAGCUAUGUUUACGGGAAAUAGAGGAGCUCCACGCAACUAUGGAAUUAGUGAAGACCAUUCUGGGCACAGGAUUAAGCGACAGAGAGUGCGUCUAUGACAUCAAGCAUCGCAAGCUUAAUAAGUAUUUACGGCAAUUGCGUACGGUUUUCGACGAGCUUUGCGAGACUUAUGUCGAAGUGGUUCUCGACGAAAAUGGCAAAUAUACCAGAAUCGACAGUUUCGCAGAACGGAAGAUAUUCCUGCUGGUGGCACAACCCGAUGAUUUUCCCGAGAUUACUAGAAAAGAGCCCAUAGAUGACCGACUUGUCACCAGUACUCCGGCCCCCGUUGACCAAUUGGAAAAGGAAGAACCUGGCGUCCAUCAAGAUCAACCGGACGGUGACGAGGAAGACGACCAGGAUGAUCCAGAUGACGUAUAUAAUCCAAAUUUAGACGACGAGAGCGGUUUAGAAGAGCUUGGAGCCGAGAGUGAAAAUGAUCCAAGACCCUUCAGAUUGUCGGAUUUAGCCGCGGAAUAUUCGACUGAUUCCGGCCCGCAAUCAGAACCAGAAACCGAUGAUUCCAGACCAGUGUCCAGGCUCGGAUCGGUCACAGAGAAGAUUGUUUAUCUCGACCGUUCCGGCGGAACCUCCAGUGAAGGUUAUAUCGAUGCCAAGUACAGCGCCGUGACCCCGGCGCCUCCCAAAAUGAUGUACAGCCGCGAUUAUCUCUCUUAUAAUCUAGAUUCACGCUGGAAAACAACGGAGUCAAUUUCUAUGAGAACUUCUGUGGCGGAUAUGAAAGCGUUAAAUCGAAAUUCGUUCUCCGACGAAGGCCUUUUAUAUAAAAAAAUAUAUUCGGAACGGCGUGGUAGUGACGUAGGUCCAUUAUCCAGACAAAAAUCCUUGACAUUUGUUAUGACGGCGGAUGUGGAAGAUGUAGACAAGUCUUUGUUGGUCGAUUCCGUAGAUUCUCGAUCAAAAUCGGUGAUGGAACUGCACAGCGCAUCCACGUGGACGAUGUCUAAAGAUUCUUUGAACGAAUCUCGCAAGCCAGAAAAGGAUAUCAAAGAAGAAGGCAAAAAAAAUUCUAAAUCUGCACAGAUCCUUGACAAUAUAGACGAAUUACUGCGCGAUUACGAACGUAGCAAGCGUGGCUUCAGAACGAAUCCCUUUUUACGAGACGAAGAAGAAAUAUCUCCGAUUGAAAGCCAGUCGAUCGCCAAUCAGGAAGUGCAAAUUCACAAGCGAAACGUCAAUAAAGACAGCGAGGCUCACAGGAAAGCUUGGGCAGACACUUUGGUCAUUGCGUUGGAAUGGGCGUUAGCUUUACCAGAUGAACGAUUGGCACCGUUGCUUCCGGUUUUCGUACGAGGCGUGCGAAUACUGACAAGGCACGCCGUAGAUCAGAGCCUGAAGCAACGUCUCUCAGCCCUCUUUCAUCGUAUCGCUGUGCUUUAUGGAUUGACAAAUAAUUAAUAGCGAUCGAGUUUAGGUACACGCGCGAUCGCAGCCUUAGUUGUAAGACUUUUGAAGAGACGAAAAAAGAAAAAUUAAUGUUCUCGACUUCUUUUUCAAAUUUUUUAUUGUUACUGUGAUAGAUACGCGAAGUCGAAAGAAGAAAUAGGAAGAAGAUAUAGGAUCUGCCUAGUUUUUUUUUUUUUUUUUUACAAUUCUUAGUUACAAUUAAAAUUUGCCAAUAAAUUUGCCAAUGAACAAGUAAAUUAAAUUAAAAAAAAAAAA